GCCUGGUAAACUAAUUUGCCUUCUCUUUGUCAAAAUCUGACUUCCGUUUCUCAUGUUUUGUUCGGGCUUCUGGAUUCUGCCAUCCCGGCUUUACAGCGAAUUAGUUUUCCGCUUUGCUUCAUCUGAAGUAUUUCGGACAACAGAGUUGGCCCCCUGUUGAUGUGGGAGGUGGGGCCGGAGUGCAUCGUGUUGUCGUUCGUGGAAAACAAGGUCUAUUUACCUCGCUAGCUAGCUACCUAGCUGGCUAACAGCAGCCAGCUGAAUUGCAUCACCAGCCGUCGAGCAUGUUUCGAUUCCUGAAUGACGUCGACGACGACCCUUACAUGCUGGACCCUUUCGCCGCUCACAGGCAGCAGAUGAGGAGCAUGUUCGGACCGUUCGGCAUGGACCCUUUUGCACUCGCGCCACAGAUUCAAGCGCCUCGUGCACCACGGCGACAGGCCGGUGCCUUGACCCCGUUUGGCAUGAUGGGAAUGGUGAGUGGUGGAGGGUUCAUGGACAUGUUUGGCAUGAUGGGGGAAAUGAUGGAAAACAUGGAGAGGAUUUCUGGAUCGCCCAACUGUCAGACCUUCUCGUCGUCAACAGUGAUCUCGUACUCUUCCAUGGACGCCGGGGCUCCUACAGUGUACCAGCAAACCCAUCAAACAAGACAUGGCCCAGGAGGGAUCCGGGAGACCCGUCAGUCCAUGCGAGACAGCGAAAGCGGCCUGGAGCGCCUGGCCAUCGGCCACCACAUCGGCGAACGCGCGCACAUCAUGGAGCGUUCGCGGAACCGCCGCACCGGAGACCGCGAAGAACGGCAGGACUUCAUCAACCUGGACGAGACCGAGGCCGAUGCGUUUGACGCGGAGUGGAGGACUCAGGCGGGGCGAUACGCUCCGCCCAGCGCCCGGGGUUUGGACUACGGCCGAGACCGACGGGCGGGCGGUCAGCAGCUUGCCCUCACCGCGCCGCCCAGCUCCACGACCCCGCCGGGACAUCGGCACGACUCCCCCCGACACCACCCGCCUCAGUCUCGCCCGCGUUACGACUGGUGAGAGACUCGGCACAGUGCUGACGCACCGGUGUUGUUCGUCCCCACCACUACUAGCAACGGGUCCAAGGUGUAUCACACCUCUCCCCCAAAGUCAACAACUCCAGCUCACCCACUACCCUGAUGAGGAAGAGCGCCACAGGAAAUAAGAUGAAUGGAUUACCCGCUAUCAAGUGACACUCCUUCUCUCC